AAUUCGAUCACAUAAUUUGUAACAUUUAUUAAUUCUGAUUAGAUCUGAUUUAUAGAAGGUUAGUAGUAUGAGGGUAGUAUAAGAGAGUGAAAUCGGUCAUAGACUAAUUUUAAAUUAAACAAAAUGCAGGCCAGUGCAGAAGUCAACAAUUAGCAAUGGACAAAUUAAAGUAACAAGAUAAGUAAGUGUAUUGUAGUUUUUAAUUUUAUCGGUACUUUCCGAGUCAAAGAAGAGACUAAUGAUAUGUGCUAUAAUGAAAAUUAUAAUGGUAAAACAAUAUACGAAACAUCCGAAACCAAAAAUUUGCAGUACCUUAGAUGUCUACAGGAAAAUAUAAUUGACACGCUUGAACAACGUGAGGAAAUUCAUGAAUAUCAACCAAAUCACGAAAUUGAAGCAGAGUUUGAGUGCAAAGAUUUUAAAUUUCAUGUGAAUUCAUUAGUAUCUGAUAAGUUGAAUGAAGAAUUUUAUCACCAUCAACCUAACCACGAAAUAAAAGCAGAAUUUGAGUGCGAAGAUGUAAAGCCCGAUUUAAAUGUACUAGUAUCGGAUAAAGUGAACGAAGAAGCUCAUACAUUUCAACCUGAUCACGAAAUUAAAAUAGAGUUUGAGUGCAAAAAUGAGACACCCAAUGUAAACGAUCGGUUUCAUCAGUAUCAAGAUAUAAAAGUUAGCGAUAAUUUUGCCACUAAUGCCAUACUUAAAAUAAAACCUAAGAGCAUGGUAAAAAAAGAGUUCUUUGGCGGUACUUUGAUUAAAACUAAUUGCAAACUCAAUGAAAAGAAUAUAAAAACUUAUUUUCAUUUGAAUGAAACUAACAAGUCUACAGAAAGUGUUAUAAAAAAUCAUAUUGAUUCGGUCCAUAAUCGCAAUAAUUACCCAUGUAACAUUUGCGGAAGCUUAUUUGAAGGAGAAAACUAUCUGAAAGGACACAUUGAUUCUUUGCAUAAUGGUGAAAAACCUCAUGACUGUGAAAUAUGCGGAAAGUCAUUCCCAUUCAAAAGUAAUCUGAAACGCCAUAUUGAUUCAGUGCAUAAUAAUCUGAAACCUUUCAACUGUGAUGUAUGUGAAAAGGCAUUUUCACGAAAGGAUAAUCUAAAAAACCAUAUUGAUUCAGUGCAUAAUCGUAUCAAUUUUCCAUGUCACACGUGCGGAAAGACAUUUACACAAAAGGGUUAUCUGAAAACCCAUAUCGAUUCAGUGCAUAAUAAUCUGAAUACUUUCAACUGUCACGUAUGCGAAAAGACAUUUUCACAAAAAUGUAAUCUGAAAAUCCAUGUUGAUUCAGUACAUAUUCGUAUCAAUCAUCCAUGUCGAAUGACAGAAGAUUUGAAGUAA